CAAAGUAAACAACAACAAUAAGUACACAAGUCCAACAAUUAUUUUUAAAAAAUAACAAAACGCCAAAAAAUGCCAAAGAAUUUCAAAUAACGCCAAAAACGUCUUACUGACACAUUUUAAAAAUGUCCAGAAUUUCUUCAAUGGCCCGAUUAAGAGUGGCUGCAGCAUUGGAAGACGAAAGAAAAAAAGAUUUGGAACUGCAACAAAAUGGAGGACCCAGUACUUCAUCGAUAAAUAAAAGUUGUAGCAGUACUUAUGGGCAUGGAUCGCCUGGGGGACCUAGAGGAAGACUCCCUUCUGUGGCUAAAUUUCUUUCUGCGAGAAGAAGGUUGACAAAAGAAUCAGAAUUAUUUAUCAGAACAUCAGAAUUCUGA